GGGUCACAUGACCAGUGCACAGCUGAGGUAGGCUUGCCCGUUGCUAACCAGUUAGCUCCGUUAGCUGUGUGUAGCAAUUCUGGCAGGAAAAAAAAGCGUAAUCUUCUCUUCUUAUCGAAUCAACCAAGCCGACAGAUCAAUACUACAUUUCAUGGAGAAAAUGCAGUAUUUGUGGUUGUCGUUUGUUUCCUCUGGUAUCGACGACUUUUGCUCAGAUGUCAGUGUCAAAGCUCGGGCAGUCCAGUUAGCUCAGCUUGCUAGUUUUUAGCUAACGGUGGGCCAAGCGAAAAAAGAAAAGAAAAACAGGCCGACGGUAUCUCCCAGCUUUUGAUCUGUGGGUGGAGCAGAGAGGCGUUGCACAUCUGAUCUCCAACAUCUGGUUUGGGAUCAGUUCUUCUUUGAAGUCACCUCCGCUGAUCACUUCAUCACUAAGCCUCCGAUGAGCCAUGUCUUCGUCAGGGUGCUGCCAGCUCCCUGGCUCUCUUUGUGAUUAUUCUGGGAACAAUGCAACCGAUGCCUCCAAGGAUUCAGAGGAAUCUGACUCCACCACACAGGCCCAGUAUGUUGCCAAGGUUACGGCUAAAGAUGGCCGCCCACUCUCCACUGUUGUCAAAGCUGUGAGCUUGCAGAGUGACAUUGGGAUGUGUCGGAUUUGUCACGAGGGAGCUGGCGGAGAGACGCUGCUCUCACCCUGCGACUGCACUGGUACGUUGGGGAAAGUGCACAAGAGCUGCCUGGAGAAGUGGCUGUCAUCCUCCAACACCAGCUACUGUGAACUGUGUCACACAGAGUUCACUAUUGAACGACGACCACAACCACUCACACAGUGGCUGAAGGACCCUGGGCCUCGCAGUGAGAAGCGCACUUUGCUGUGUGACAUGGCCUGCUUCCUUCUCAUUACACCCCUGGCAGCCAUCUCUGGCUGGUUGUGUCUGAGAGGAGCCCAGGACCACCUGCAGCUGAAGAGCAGGCUCGAGGCUGUUGGCCUCAUUGCCCUCACCAUUGCCCUCUUCACAAUCUACAUCCUCUGGACACUGGUGUCGUUUCGGUAUCACUGUCAGUUGUACUCUGAGUGGAGGAGGACCAAUCAGAAAGUGCGCCUGCUCAUGCCCGACAUGAAGGGCGCCCACACCACCCAGCGUUCAGUGCCGACCAAGUCGACCAAGAAAAUGACUGAUGAGACCAUCGUAUGAGUGCAGAGCAGGUUGGAGUAGGAGUGUAUUUAAAACCAAGCUCUCCUGAGCACUCACUAAAAAGAAAUCAUCGUAAUGAACUUUUGCACUUCAUACGGACCAUCCUGACAGAGAAGAGCUUCUUUCUCGUCACGUUUUCUUUAUUGAAGCACUUGAUUUAAAAAAAUAAAAUAAAACAUUAUAUUGGCUGACAACAAAAGUGGUUUUGGGAAGAACUCCUUUCAGAGUCGUAUUAAUAAAAACUGAAACGUCUGACAGUCAGUGCUGGAAUGUGAACGACUGGACACAUGGAAAAUGGACUAACCAGCCGGAUUUUUUAAUGUCAGCGACAAGAACUUACGAAAUACUAAGACACAAGCUAAUGUAGCAGGAUAUAACAGAUUCAGCAUGCUACUACAGUAUAAUAUAAAACAUAUUCACUACCUAUAAUUUCCCCACUCCCCUUCCAAAAUGUAUCUUAACUGGUUUUGAUCAAUGGUUAAACUAACUGAAAAAUUUACGAAAGAUGACAAAGUCUAGUUGUGAGUACUACUGUUGUUUUCUUUGACAAUAGACAGCAACUGUCACUCCUACCACUGUUUUUUGUCUGUAGUCUAUACCUUUUAGUUUUUCCAGGUAAAGCUUUUAUAUUGCUGUCUGAAAAGUGAAAAUGAAAACCCUGUUCCUGUUUAGACAGCAGAUGAGGCAUCAAGUAUUCUCUGCACUUGUCGGGGCUACAAGACAAAGUACUGAAGAUAAAGUGUUUACAUUCUAAUAAGGAUAAUGUCUCCUCUGUCAGCAUAAAAUGUGCAUAAGCAGAUAGCCUCACCUCAUAUGUAAAAACMCCAUUCAUGAACUGAGAUGCCUAGCAAUGACCAGUAGUAAUGUCCUAAACUCUCAAGAGAUGCAAUUAAAAAAAAGAGAGAGAAACAGUGUUCAGAUUGAUGAGACUGAGAAACAUAAAAACGUUUGAGAGCGGUUUGGCAGGGGAGGAAAAAAUAUGUUCUGAGAUGUCAAUGUAUGAAGCGUACACUAAAAGUAUUUUUGUGUUACUGUAUUCUUCCUGCUUUAUCCCCUGGAAAGUUGGGUUAUUGUGCAAUAAAACAUGAGGGACUCCUGGA